CCGCGGGCAGGGGCUGGUCGGGCUGCCGCCAUGGCCGGGGGCCAGGACCUGUUUGACGCUAUCGUGAUGGCGGACAACAGGUUCCACGGGGAAGGGUACCAGGAAGGCUAUGAAGAAGGCAGUAGUUUGGGCAUCAUAGAGGGAAGACAGCAUGGCACAGUGUACGGAGCAAAAAUUGGGUCUGAGAUCGGCUGCUACCAAGGUUUUGCGUUUGCUUGGAGAUGUCUCCUGCACAGCCGUGCAACUGAGAAAGACAGCAGAAAGAUGAAGGUCUUAGAAUCCUUGAUCAGCAUGAUUCAGAAGUUCCCUUACGGUGACCCUACUUAUGCCAACCUUCACGAAGACUUAGACAGAAUUAGAUGUAAAUUUAAACAGCUUUGUUCAUUACUAAACGUUCAGCCGGACUUUAAAAUCAGUGCGGAAGGUUCUGGACUUUCAUUUUGAGGAUGACAGAUGAACAAAGAUGAAACACGAAGGAACAGAUGUCCGUAUGCUAAGUGCUUAAAACUGUGAUGAAAGGAAAACAAUGAUGGGGCAUUCAUUGUUCUCGAGGGAGGGUUCCUCCCUGAACCUGCCUGUGUCGCCUCGGUGCCCCCACAGCCUGCACAGGCCUGAGCCCGUCUGCCCUGUAGUCUGAGCGAGGCCCUGGUGGAGCCCUCCUGUCUGCCUGGAGUUGGCUGGCCUCACUGGUCCUGCCCGGCGGGCGGGCCCUGCUGCUUCUAGACCCAGCGGCUUCCCCAGGCUGGACUCGGUGCUCAGGAACCGUUUUACAGAAACGAGAGCCUCGGGUUGCCAUGUAGUAAGUGCAUGGGAAGUGGUGACGUGUGCGGUAACAUUUACUGAACCUUGGGCCAGGCCAGCACUGUGUGGCGUGCCUCCCUAAUGCAUUUGGUCCCUUCUUUAGCCCGCCAGGUGGGUCAUUCCCGUUUUCCAGGUGAGGGGGCUGAGACCUGUGGCGCCGGCCGAGAGGAGAGGCCAGCGGGACUUCGGAGCCGGACGUGCUGGGUGUUGCAGGUGGGGCGGGGCUUUGCAGCAUUAAAAGUGGUUAAGGGGGAGCGUGUUAAACUGGAGACGAAAUGAUGGGCUACGCUGUGUGGAAGACUCUGAGGUCCUUUGGGUCGGAGUCCUCCUGUUUGUCUCACAUAGAGGUUAUCCUGCACAGGGAGAGGCCCGGGCCAGGCCUCCCUGAGCUGAAUGGUUCUCCACGUUUCUCUGCUUCGUCCCCCCCCCCCCCCCCCCACAUGCCCAGGCAGAUGACAUGCCAUUCCCAUCUGCUCCUGUUGGAGGGAGUACCUCUGAAGCUGGGAGUACGGUGAAUAAAAAGGUGACCAGGAGUCUGCUCCAGUCUUGCAGUCCAUCCACAACGUCUUGUGAACUCUAUCCUGGGUGUGGGGACCGGGGGCCGGGAGUCCCUGCGGGGCUGACAGGCAUUUUCUUCCCACUUCGUGCCCUUGCCGAGUGCUGGGAGAGAGGGGGGCGGGGAGGGGGAGGCAGACCUGCAGUGCUGCCCUGGCACUGCCUUCUGCUGGUCCUUGGGGCGCACACCCCACCCGGGCUCUCCAGGUGGUGGGCGUCAGGGUUUCUGCCGCUUUCCUUGGUGGAUUUUGUGUCUUCUGUUAUCUGCUUUUAUAAUGUAUUAUUUUUACAAUUGGAGGAAAAAAAAUAAACAGUGUAUUUUAAAGCAAAA